AUGCUUUCCGCCUGGUUCCGACAAUUUUAUCCUGAACUAACGGUGGGUGCACUGGCAAGCUCGGCACCGAUAGGAGCGAAAGUCGACUUUUACGGUCAGUUAUUUCAACUGGUUUCACUUGCACGAAACCAUCACAGUAAACAAGAUUAA